AUGGCAGGAGGACCCCCUAACAUCAAAGAAGACACAGAAAUGUCCAUGGCUGAAGCGCUGGCUCCUGGAAGCCAAGGGCAUAAAAGGAAGGAGCAUGGAUCCCAGUCCCUGGGUGCUUCUCAGCGGCAACAGAAGUUGGUUCUAAAGGCUGCUGGCUCUGCUGCGGUUUGGAAUAUGGCUGCAACCUGGUCCCAGAAAGUGGUAGUCAACCCGGGGGCAGAUAUGGUCGCUGAGAUUGGCCUGGGAGAACUAAACGGACUGGAGAUGGAGGUCACGAGAAGACAGCUGCACGUGAUGGCCGGGCGUCCGCGCGCCGUGGAGGACCAGGGUGCCACCCGGCGCCACAGGGGAGCCGCGCCCUCCGCCGUGCUCUUGUCCCCCUGCUGGAGCCCUUUCCUCCCCUUCUUCUCUUCUCUCCCUCGGCCACCCCAGCCCAUCCUCCUUCCAGCUCUCAGCAGCACGAGGGCCAUUUCCCAGCUCUGCCUGCGGGAGGCCCUAGCUGCUGGAAGGUGGAGGACGUGUGGAAUUCCAGAGGUCUGA